UUUCUUGCACAAAAACAUGGUUGAGGUGUGGACACUCGGUGAGUUUUUGCGCAACAAAACUCUGCUGUGCAGACAUAGCCUCAGGGUUUAGGAGCAGCUAUUACACAGAUGAGGGGUGAGGGAACCUCAAGGUUCAAAGUGUAACUUAGUAUCCACCAAAGUUUAGCAGUGUUCAGCUCCACGGUUUUAGUAUAGGCCUGUUUCCCGUUGAUCUGGUGAUAAGUCAGGUUCUCCUCCCAACCCAAACAUCCCCACAGGUUGUUUCAUUGAAAAUAUUUCAGCAUUAGUACAUUGUAUCCUGGAUAGACAUACUGAUUUGUCUUUUAAGAAUAAAGUUUCUGGGCCUGCAUCAAACUACCCAGGACUGGGUUUCAUUUAUGACACCACCAGAAUGGAACAUCACAAAGCACCUUCUAGUGAUGUAAGCAACUUGGUCUUGCAAACAGAAGGAAAGCUUUCUAUUUUUCUCUGUCUUGCCCUGGAGGGGGAAGGAACUUUACUCAGAUGUUUCUUGUUUUGACUCCAGUCUCACAUUUGCUAAAUUUCUUUCAGUAAGCCUGCUAAAGUUUAACCUCCAGGCAUGAGCAUACCUCUGAUGCACAAGUCAACACCACCUCCCUUUUCCUCGUGCCUGUUCUUCCUUUUGAUGUAACUGGUAAGCUGAAUCACAGAAGUUCUUUGGGAGCAGAGCAUCUGGUAGUUCUGAGUGUGCAGAGGAUAAGGGGCCAGGCACUACUCUAGGUGGUCAGUGGCAGACUACCAUUGCAGGAUUUUUCCAUGUCGUGCAUAGCCAUCAGACUACGUCAAUUUAUAGAGCCAACACCCUACCUCCCUCCAGGCAAUGUUAUUCGUCAAGGAACAGUCAUUCAAGGCUUCUAUCCUGGGCAACUAGGACGGGUGCACAAGGCAUGCAUGCCCGAAACAGCUCCUGGACCUUUCAUAAAACUGCACCCGGCUCCAAUGCAGCAUGAAGUUGAAACUCAGUACCAACAUGACUUUGACAAUUUAACUCUUAAGAAGUAUGUCCAUUUUCAAAGGACAAUGCAGAAGGCAACUAAUGACUGGUACAAGCAAACCACGUACAAAGAAGAAUUUGCACUGCCAUUUUACAAUAUUGACAAAGUUGAGGAUAAAUACACACUAAGAACUGAUCCUGGGCCACUGACAAUCUGGAGGAGUAUUGCUGAUCCAAAAAACAUAACCUGCCCUUGACAGUGAGAAAUAUUUCAACUGAGCUAAGACAAUAAAAGCAACCUGUUGAAGUUAAUCUCA